AUGAAUGUCGUACUUAAGGGCAUGGCACAACUGCAAGGAUUGGUUACCGAGUUGUCUACGUCGCCGAAGCAAGGGGAGAAACCAGAGGCCAUUAAGCCAGGGGUUACAACUUUACCCGACUUACCAAGUCCUGGUCCAGAGAGUUGCCUUCUGUUUUCGGACUGGAUUCAUAAUUCGAAACCCCCUCUGUCGGACGUUUCUGACACUAGUGAAGAACUGUGGGAGACUACCCUCUCUGAGGCUUCCGACUGGUAUAGUAGAUACCUGAGGCUGGACCCGUUGAGUAGACUCGUGUCAAAACCUGAACCCUCGCAACUGUUGUGUCAAAUCAAGUGGGCCCGAGUCUCCCGUCGCAUAGAGACGAUGAUCUUGGCAGCUCUUCCGUCUUCAGUUCGGCUGGAGGUUCAGAAGUUGCAUGCACAGCUGCUGAGCGAGUUUGAAAUGAUAGGUUCGACCUCAGCAGUUGCUGGCAAGACCCUGUGCACGUUUUAUGCGUCCCCUACCGGGUGUAAGAAGGGCAGUGAUUGCAACUUUGAGCAUAGCUGGUCUUCAAUACCUUUUGAGGAGGAUGUAGCUCAGGGAACGCCGAUUUCUCUUGCCUCUCUCAGUGCGCAGCUUGACACGCUAAGAGCAAUGACCAGAGAGUAUGAGGCCAAGAUGAUAAGGUUUGAUGAGGACAUUGCGCAGGUUUCUGCAGUCGCUCUACUUGAUAGUGGAGCGACGCACGCCGUCGUCCCAUUUACUGACACCAUGUCUGGGUUGCAGCGAGUGCCGGUUACACUCGCUGGGGAUUCAAGAGAAGAGUGGUAUCGCACCAAGGGCGGUACCUUAGUGGUACCUCCUCUCGAGGAGACUGGGGUUGCUUCAAGGCCUCAGACGAUACUUCCACUUGGAGCCUUGGUGGAAAGCCUGGGUUGCUCAGUAAACUGGAGCAAGCGUGGCGGACUUCGUGUGAGCCACCCUCGGCUCGGAGUCCUGCGGACAGGCGUUGGGCGUAACACCUGCCCGUUCAUCCAAGAGGACCAGGCCUUAUCCCUGAUAGCCGAACUGGAGGAUCAGAGAUUGAAGGAAUUUAAGACUCGGGUGCAGGAUCUAGAGAUUCAUAUGGAGUCGGUGAGUGCACCCGUUGAUCCAACAGAGGCCCUGAGGCGCUUCGCGAUCUCUGGUGAUAGAGGUGAGGCCCUACGAGCAGUGAUGUCUCAACCCUACUUUGAGAGGGUUGGGGAAGAGGUGAAGGUUGAGCUCAUUGAGGGCCUUGUGGGGUUAGAUGAAAAUGCCGGAAAGCAUAUGUUGAAGCAGCUGCCUGUGAACCGUGCUAAUCGGAGGGCGUUGUUGGCCUCAGAGAAUUGGGUUAUUCAUCUGUGCUCUGGCCCCUCCACUGCUGAUAAUCCUUUGAGGGAAUGGUGUGAGAAUAGGAACUUCAGUCUCAUUGAGGUUGACUUGAGACAGAAAGGGGGUAAGGGCUGGGAUAUGUUGAAGACCGGCGGAGUCUGGAGAGCGCUCUUGUGGGGAGCUGCUACAGGUCGCAUCGUUUCCAUCUUUUCAUCCCCGAGCCCCGGCCUUCAGGAGCAAGGUUCUGCCUUGGCACUCCAGCCGCUUUUGUUGUGGUCACUUGCAUCCGUUGCCAGACGCCAGGGUAUUCCCUUUGUGUUUGAGGUCCCUAGGCACUUCAAUCGGGUGUAUGAAGAUUUCUCGUCGUGGGCCAAUGGCGGUGUGUUCACUUUUGAUCAGGGUGUGUUGGAGGUUAGCUGUAUGAGGGAUACGUGUAUUUGCACCAAUCUUGAUCUUGGAUACUUGAGUACCUUGCCUCCAGUCGAGGGGAAAGGGUGCGCCAAACAUGAGCCGCGCUGGUGUAAGGCCUUUCGGGCAGCACUUGUAGGUGCAUUGGAGGGAAGGUAUACAGGCCCCUCAAUCGAGGAGCUUGACAAGAUUAUCACCAAUGCCGUUGCGAUUUCCGGAGAUCACGCUGGAGCUGAUGGAGUAGCCGAAGAGGUUGAUGAGGUUCUUGAGGACCUUUCAUUGAUUCCGGUUCAAGAUGUCCCGCAGCCUGAGCCUGAGGGGACACCUUCUGAUUCUCCAAAGAAGUCACUCUCCAAGAAGGAUGUCGAGAGUUGGAAACAGCACAUCCUGGACGGACAUGUCCCCUUUAGAAGGGAUUGCAGGUUUUGUGUCGAGGGAGCAGGCAUCGGGAUCCAGCAUCGGAAAGUUCCCUAUCCCAAGUCCUUUGCUUUAUCGGUCGACCUUUUCGGGCCGGUUCCGAAGCAUGAACAUGGUCGUGACGAGACAAGUGUUUCGGGUCAGAAUAACAUUAGGUAUGCCUUGAUAGGUUCCGAGUUGUAUCCUACUGCCAAGGAUGAUGGGCCCAGCCAUGAAGGUGAUGAGUUAAAGGUUGUUGAUGAUGCUCUCAAUGAGCUUGAGGAGUAUGCAGUCACACUCGACGAAGAAAAUACUGCCUUCGCCCCACCAGACCUCCCUGAAGACCCUGAAGAGCUCCAGGCAUUGAUACAGGAGCUUAAGGAUGUGACCGAGGCACUGCAGAAAUUAAUCCUCGAAAUCAAUAAGAAGUACCCGGUUAAGAGGAGAUUGGACAACUCCCACAAGAAGCCGUACAUGAUACCCCUCCUGGGAAGAGCCUUCGCAACUGAGUGCAUUAUACGAGAGGAUUUCUCCGAUGGUGCAUUUCACAGAUUAAUUGAGAUCCUUUCUGAAGAAGAGAAGGGUGCAAGCGAUAGGGUGAACAGGACAGUGCUGAAGAUUCGCGACCCGGCUGAAUUCCCAAUUGAUGAUUUGGGUGAGGGUGAUAUGAGCCGCUUUCUUGAGGUUCAGGAGGAGCAGGACACGGUUGGUGUAUGGGAGGAUGAGUGGGUUACUCCAAUUGAAGAGUUAGGCAUAGGCCAGAUCACAGGUACCACCUUCCACACAGGUGCCGCAGGUCAGGUCCCAAGUGCAAGUGCAGGCAUAGGCAUAGGCCAGAUCACAGGUACCACCUUCCACACAGGUGCCGCAGGUCAGGUCCCAGGUGCAAGUGCAGGCAUAGGCAUAGGCCAGAUCACAGGUACCCCGUUUGACAUAGGAUGGUCCAUUGUGAUGACAACUCCAGCGAGGUUAUUGGAAAUGGGACCCAAACUGGCCUUACUUCAACUUUUGAAGAGGAGUGAGGUUGAGGCGUUGGAGCAAAUGUCAGCUAUGAGGCGUCUUGUUGGUAAGGAGGCUGAUUUGGAGGCGAAGGUUCCACAGACGCAGAUAUUACCAGCAAAGGCGGUGUUCACUGUCAAGCCCGGCAGUGGAGGCAAGUUUUAUCGCAGGAAAUGCAGGGUGGUCGGAUGUGGCAACUUCGAAUCCAAGUCUGGCGACAUCGAUGUCUACGCUGGAGGGAUACCUGCAGAUGUUCUGCGCACGUGCCUUGUUGAGGCCUCGUCCCGGGCACUCAGCGCCUUCAUAACUGAUAUUAAGAAUGCCUUCCUUUUGGCGCCCAUCCCGCAAGCUGAGCGGACCAGAAUCCUGCUCCGUCCUCCGAAGAUUUUGGAAGUAAUGAACAUAACUCAGCCUGGCGAAUUAUGGUGGGUCGAGCGAGCUGUAUAUGGACUGCGGCAGUCGCCCCGCUGGUGGGGUGAGCACCGUGAUAGCGUGUUUGCUCAGGCUCGGUGGAACAGCAAGGACCGUGGUAUUUUGAGGUUGGUGCAAUCCGACGUUGAGGGCAAUCUUUGGAAGGUUGUCACUGAGUCUGAUGAGAUUGUAGGUUUUGUCAUCAUUUAUGUGGACGAUAUGAUGUUGCUGAUGAGGUCUAGGCCCGAUGUGGCGUAUUGUGUAAGCCUCAUGGGCUCAUGGAUCACAAAAGUUCCUUCACUGGUCUGCAAGAUCGGUAUCAGAUUGAUUGAGUUCUUACUUUCUACUAUGGACCAGAUGCUCUCCCUGACCCCGGUUGGAGACAUGGCUCCGGGAAUCAAGGUGUUCACAGACGCAUCCUUCGCUCCGUUUGGUGGGAAGUCGGUGUCGGGUAUUCUCCUGCAAUUCAGAGGAAGAAAUGUCCUUUGGAAGGGGCAGAGGCAGACCAUAGUAUGUUUGUCCACGGCCGAAGCCGAGCUUGUGGGAGCGUGCGAGGGCGUUUUGCUAAGUCAGAGCCUACGUGCGUUGAUUGAUGAGUUCGGACUACGCUUGGACGUUACGACACUUCACGUCGAUAAUGUCGCAGCCAUCGUCCUUGCGGAGGGUGGAGGAUCCACCAGAACGAGUGACGUACAACCUGCCGAUAUCCUUACUAAGUCAGUGAGACACGAGGAUCCAACGGCUGAAGGGCUGAGGCGCAGAUACGGAACCUCCACUGAGGAGGAGUCCGAUACCAGGUUCAGCCACGGUUUGGACUUGACCGACCGACAUCCUCAGCAUCCUCGCGUACCGUGCAUCCUCCACGGCCUGGAUUUGGCCGGUCUGACAUCGUCCCUGUAA